CGUCAUUGGUCGUUGCUGAUGUGAUCCAAUGUGAUCAUAUUUCGUAAAUUUUUACUUGCGAAAUGCGAAUUUGAGAUUAUUUGGACACGAAUUAUUGACGUUAGCAAUCAAAUCUUUUUUGUGCAAACAAAAUGGAGGCAUUGUAUCACCAAACCAAUAAAUUAAUACAAGAAACGCAGCACAUUUUUUCGCAGCUCGAGAGAAAGACAUCCGACAUGGAUCUGCAGGAAGUGAGGCAAACUAUCGAGGACAAAAUCACUCUUAUCAACAGUAAUUGCGAACGACUCGACGUACUAUGCCUCAAGGGUCCAAUGUCACAAAGGCAGAACAACAGAAUGAGAGUGGAUCAGCUCAAGUAUGAUAGUCGUCAUCUCAGCGCCGCCUUGAGUUCCUGGUACAAUCGCAUGAUGCGGCAACAGAGAGAGGAGGCAGAGAGGGAGGCUUUACUGGCCAGAAAGUUUACCACUAAUGAUCACGUGGACAUCUUUAUUGAUCACACUGUGCAGCAUAAUAACAGCUUGCACAAUGCCGUCCAUGGUAUAGAUGACCUAUUGCACCAAGGCAGCAAUGUUUUGGAUAACUUAAGAUCUCAGAGAAUAACGUUAAAGGGAGCUCACAAACGUUUGAUAGACAUUGGUAAUACUUUGGGGCUUUCCAAUACUACUAUGAGGCUUAUAGAGCAACGAGCUAAACAAGAUGGAUUUAUUUUAGUCGCUGGUAUGACCUUCACUUGUAUAGUAAUUCUCUUGGUGAUAAUUUAUCUUACUUAG